CCGGAGGUCAGCGCGGUACCACCUCAUGGUACUUUGGUGCUCUUUUCUUCAGUCCUUGGCCGACACCGUUCGCAACGGCGGUUCAGAUUCGAUGCCAUGACCGCAAGUUCGCGAUUCAUCACGUACAUUUUCUUCGCGGGGUUGAUGCAGGCGAAAAUCAUCCUUGUACAUGGUGAUUGCUGGUACGACAGUAAGAAGCACGAGGAAAAUUCGGAAGUACUCACAGGGGAACCUUGCCUGAACUGCACCUGCAGCAGAGGCGCCUUGUUGUGCUACUUGAGAGUGUGUCCAAAGCUGCCCAAUCCUCCACCACCAGGCUGCAUUUUACUGCACAGAUUCAAAACAUGCUGUCCCGAGCUGAUUUGUUCAGAUUUCCAUGAUGGGGGCAACAGCGUGGAAGCCAGAGCGGAACCGCACGCCAAUCUGGACGUACCCUCCGAUGAGAACAACUUGUAUGAGAAUGCUUGCAUUUCAAAUGGGAGCAUUUACGGUUCGGGUUCUGCAAUGCACAGUUCCUCAAUGUGCGAAUAUUGUUACUGUUUAUCCGGCAAGCAAGUGUGUGUUAAGCCCAAAUGUUUACUGUUCAUCGAGGGCUGCCAGCCCAUCUAUGAGACAUCCAGCUGUUGUCCUGUUAGAUAUAACUGCACUCGCACUUUAACAACACUGCAAGUGGCCACGCAAAAGCCUUCCACUACUACUGCUGGUUACGAGAAAAAGACUCCCGUCGGGUCUGGAUGUUUAGUGGAAAGCGCUUACCAUCCCGAAGGAUCCAAAGUGGUGGGAAUCGGACACUCUGUAUGCGAUAACUGUUACUGCUUGAGGGGCCUGUUGAGGUGCGAACCUCUGUCCUGUGCCCCGCCCCUUUUGGGCUGCACCCCCGUGGUGAAAUCUGGGGAAUGUUGCGCUGCUAGCUAUAAUUGUAAUGGUACUCUUGAAGUGGAACCCGAGCCCAACUAUGGCCUGUUUCCCAUCAUCAGCAAAGAGUACUCAAAACUGCGCAAAGAAGUUAACAGACAAUCUGCAGAUGGAGUGGUGACAGGGGCACCUUUUUACGUGCAAGUUGAAGAUAUUUCAAAAGCCACCCCGAAAUUGGGGGUGCAGCGCAGCCCUGAAACGUUUGGAACCACCAGGCAGUUUUUCAGCGCAAAUUUCCAGCCAAGCAGCACUCAGAAGCCACUUGGAGAUACAGCUGAAGACGAUAAGUUUUUCCUCAUCAGCAGUUCGAGGCACAGAAGCUCGACAGAGAGGAAUAUCGUUUCGUCCGAGCCACCCAAAAGCGACGAUGCAGACUAUUUUGGAAGUUUGAACAUUUUCGACCUUGUCGGCUCUUUGCUCGAUGGCAAAAGCUACCGGAAAGUUGACACUAUUUCAGCAGAAGAUCUGAAGAACUCCCUAACAGAGGAUGGCAUGAGUGCGUCCACUGAACCCUUAGCUACACGGGCAACAACGGGUUUUCCGGAUUUUUCCACCAAUGAGCCCGACAGCACUGAAACAGGUCUGGCAAUGAGCACAACUGAAGAAAGCGAUGAUUUGGUGACAGUCACUGCUAUCCUCAAUUCAACCGACUGCAACAACGGCAUUGAGAGCCACUUCAAGAACGAUCAGCCAGUAGAUCCGAUUGAAAUCAAUCACUUGGCAGAAGGUCGCACUGACUUGGUGGCCACCAGCACGGAUUUUCAAACGGAAGAUUAUGCAUAUUUUUCCUCGCCGGAAAAUCUUCCAACUGAAGAAGUGGAUUAUGAGAGCCCCAACGGGAGGAAUAGGGUGAAAAUUGGGGGUUCGAAACUGCCCCCAGACAUUGAGGCGAUUUUAAACAUCACCAACCAGAAAAUCGAAGACUUCGACUAUGACUACAAGGAACCAACGUUGCCUCCGUCGUUGCCCAAUUUGAAGAUUAUCCCGUUUCUGGCCACGGAUGCUCUGGAUGUUAUCAAGGACUCCCCCAAAGACCCCACGGACCAACUUGAGGACAAAGCAGACAACAUGGAACUGGAACAGAGUUCGAAUUUGUUCAAGCCUCCAGUAAAAACUGAAGGUGGAUUUGUGCCAAAGGCUCCCAGCACUGAUUCGUUUUACAACAGCAUUUUUGCAAAAAAACCUCCAGUCAAACAUGUGGAGCCGGACGCAAGCGUUAAAGUGACCAACUGCCUUUCCAGAGGCCAGGAAAUCGCGCACGGCAUGGAAGUCCCCUCAGAUUUACCCUGCGUGACUUGUAGUUGCUUUUUUGGAAAUAUAGCUUGUCAAAAGGUGACCUGUCCUCCUCCGGAGCCUGGAUGCUCCAGAGAACCGGCAGCGCUUUGCUGCCCCAAUUACGCCUGCAAUCAGCAGAAAGUGCCACUUUUGGAGCCGGCAAAGUUGCCGCAGGAAAUCGUCCCUGUGGCCGGGGGAAUGGUGCAGUUGGCUCCCUUCAAGGAUGUCAUCAGAACGGAACCAGCCCCAAACCUGCAGAGUUUAAUUGGAGACCGAGCUUCGCUUCAAACCACCAGCAGCUCCACACCAGCCACUCUCGCAGAGUUGAGCUCUGAUCGACCAACAACAGCAGCUGCAGACAAACAGCCAGAAUCCAGCUUUGACGAGCUGCUGAAGUUCAUCUUCUCGGGAACACCCGAUGUAAUCGAAAAACCAAUCAGCCACAACCCGUCUUUAGACAAAAACAAGCCCACAGUUGUGCAAAUCAAGUCGGUAUCGCCCACUGAUGAGAAACCCGAACUGCAGCUAAUCAAGCCAAUCAACGACAACACUCUGGAUGGUUCGGGAGCUGACGUGAACAAAACCGAAGCUGUUUGCACCAAAUGCGAUGAAGCUGAAGACUCCCCAGCUGGGACAGCUGCAGAACACCAGCCAAUGGGGUCGAGUUCCAAAAAAAUAGCAAAAGGAGAUCAAAAGGGCAGCUUAGUGGGCGUGGGUCUGCUGAAGCUGGCAGGAUGCAACAUUUACGGGCGCAUGUACAGGGUGGGCAGGAUAAUUUCCGAGUUAUCAGGGCCUUGUUUAGAGUGCAAGUGUACGGAAGUGGGGGUGCAAUGUAUUGAGCUGAGAUGUACAAAAAAUAAUGGAAAAAUUAAAAAUUGAAGUGCCCAAUCUGAAUGAGUGGAUGGUUUGGGGCAUUUCCAGCGAUUCCUUUUCUAGAGGUGUUCUGUAUAAAAAAGAUGAGUGGAUAGAGCUGAUGUUAGACGUAAGAGCAAGAUCUUGCCAGUAUUUUUAUGGUGUUUGUUUAGGAGUUUGGAAGUAUGCAAGGUGGACAGGAGUCAAAUUAACGUUUUAGCCACCUCAAAUAUGUUUAUGGGAUAGUGAUCAAUGUUUAAAAAAUUGAGCGAAUUGAGACUUUGAGGAAAAUGCAAAUACUUUUGCCACUUUGCAUACGGUAAUAUUAGAUUGUACCUCUUAACAAGCCGGACUUCACAUGCAUAAUUCAUCAGUUUUCAAGAGUCUUACAUCAUUUGAUAAAUUAUUCGGGAGUUGAAGCAAAUACGACUGGGAGAUAUUUUUGAUUGAAUAUACAGCUUUUAUUUUUAGGUUCGAUGCAAGACUUUUGCCACUAAACAUUAAUUUAUUCCACAUUCAUUCGUCCAUAGGAUUGUGCCAUUCAUACAUUAAUUAUCACCAUAGUUCACUUUACCAUAGAAUUUUACGCAAUAGAAUAAGAGGCUAUAAAUGUAUAGGAACCAAAAUCCACUCGUAGUUUUAACGCAAAUGUCGAUUUUUGCAAAAAAUUCAUUGGGUUGAAGAAAUUCAAUAUUCACCUUUCUAAAAAUGGAACAAUGUUUGAAGGUGCGCAUAUUUUUAAAUUGUUAAUUAGACAAAUGUAUUGCGAAAUGUGCACGCUUAAAAUAGGCUGCUUAGGUAAAAUAGAGGCUAAACAGGAUUCUGAGCAAUCGGACAUAAGCAAAAUAUUAUAUAAUCUUUGUGAGAAAG